AUCAACGUGUGUAGGAUGAACAGGAUCGGAGCAUGCAAAGAACUGGAGUCAUGUGACAAGUGCAUUGAAGGAGUUGCUUCCCAGAACAUCACGGACUGUGUGUGGAUGUUUUGCCAAGAGUCUCAGAAGAAGCCAGGUACUGGUCACUGUGUGGGAAAGGGAGAACCAGCCAAGGAGAAGUGUUCUUUUCUCAAUGUUACUGACAUGUGUGAAGCAUCGAAGACAACCACAGCGGAGCCUCCACCUCCUACCACUAAAACUCCUCCAAAGCCAUCCACUAAGGAGCCAGAAAUCAUCACACUCAGUACAACAGCCAGCAGCCCUCCUCUAACUGGCUCCCCAGAGUUUCGCCCACCAGGUUUUGAUUCUGCCAGCUUCAUUGGCGGGAUGGUCUUGGUGCUCAGCAUCCAAGCUGUUGUGUUUUUUGUGGUGAGGUUCCUCCGGUCAAAGGACAACACCUACCAGACACUGAUCUGACGGCCGGUGUCCAGGGAGCUGUCUUGACGUGUUUCUCUUGUGGGGAAGAGGAGCUGGAGAAGAGGUGCCCGGACUGGCUGCAUGGAGCCAGGAUACUCUCUUUGCUUCAGAGAGAGCUGCUGAAGCAGAUGAUCUGCACUAAACCUAUGCAGCCCCAUUGCUACACAUGGGUGUUGCUACUUGGCUUGGAUGUCUGGGCCUUCAGACUUUCAACUUGCUGCAGAAAUGGCACAACGAUGUAUAAGACCUUUUUUAUUGGCACUUUCAAGCCUUAGGGACUCUUGUCUGCUUCAUCAGUGGGUAUGUGUAAUGGCGGGGUUGAGAACUCAUCAACCAACUGGAGGCUGCUAUUUUUUUCCAUGUAAACUUGCUUUGGUUUAUUUAUUUUUUACUUUAAACCUACAAAACACAAUUUAUUUCUUUUCUCACUACCCUCUGGCUCUGACUGAUAAUUGCCCACUUGGUUGAAUUUUGUUUUUCUUCUUGAUCUCCUCGUUGCAUGUAAUGCUAAACCAACUCAUGUGCAGGAGAGAGCUGCUCACAACUGCUUAGGUUUUGAAAGAUAUUUUGCUAGUAUUUCAGUAUAUCCUCUGAAAGACAUUGUGAGCCCCUUCCAAACAGGUGGCCUGCUGGCUUGUAGUUGCUUCUCUUGCUCACCCUUGUUUAUUUGUUCCUAAGCCCUGCACCAAACAUGGCGUACUGGAUGCAACGCGAGCUGCUUCACUGUAUACCCUUUUCUUUCCCAUGCAUUUUCUUUAGCGAGGUCACUUUAAAAGGUGGACGUCUUGUGCAGUCAUCAAGACAUUUGAGUCUUGAUGUUAAAUGUUUUGCACAAGAAGCAAAGAGUCUCAUUUGCACACAUUCUUGCACGUAAACUCCGAAGCCGGCUUUCUGAUGUCAGAAAUAAUGAUGGAGCAAAAACUGACAAUUUACAAGAAAUACAACCAGUUUUGGACUGGCUGUUAAGAAUGAAUCCCAAAGAGUCCACAUCUGAGCUGCCCCAUUGAAGGAGCUGUGAAAUAACAGACAACGGAGGAAAAAGAGGAGGAGGGACCUCUCAGAUAAAAUAAAAUGAAAUAUUUGUGGAGUG